AUGACUGAUACAUCAGAAAUAGUGAUGUGUAUAGUGUGUUCUGAGCAUAUUCCGUCGACCGCUACAUGUUCAGGGUGUUCGAAAGAUUUUUGCCGAAAUCAUUUUAAUGACCACCGAAACGGUCUUUUGGAAGACUUACGUGAUGUUCGUGAUUAUCAUAAUCAACUAUCACAAAGCUUGCAAGAUCGAAUGAACUCUGUGGGAAAUUCAUCGCCCAAUUACGAGAAUCUUCAUUUAAUAGACCAAAUCAACGAAUGGGAAAAACGUACGAUCGACCGUGUAUCAACAAUAGCCGAAGAAGCACGUGUAACUGUCCAAAGCUUCAUCAAUCCAACAGAACAAUAUGGUAUACAUAAGAAAAGACUAGCAACGAUGAUGGAAGAAUUCGAAAGACAAGAAAAAACUGAAUGCUACGUCGAAACGGAUAUUGAUGAUUGGACAAAUCAGUUAGAUCAAUUGAAAGUGUAUCUCGAUCGAUUAUCCAAAAUGAAAACACAACCUCCUGUUCUUCAAAUUGAGGACAUCGAAUUGAGUGAUACUAUUAAAAUUUUAUUCCCACGCCAAGUGUCGCAGGAAGGAUCAAUAUUACAAGAAAUAGACAUACAAUUGCAAGCAACAUUAGAGAAAUUGAUAUCGCUGUCACUGUUUUCAGAACAGGGAGUACAGCUAAGUCCAAGGAUGAAUCAACUGAUGAUGAACAUGCUGAACAAGACACUGAAGAGGCUGAAACGUGAAUUUGUGGAGUUUCAAGAACAAACAUUUUCAAAGUGGAAGAGGAAAUUGAGUUUAGAAUACGAACUAAUGGAAGUUUUGCAGCAUUUGCUUUUGACUCUGUCACAGACAUUAGUACGACAGCUACAUAAGGAAUUGAGUAGAAAGGAGAUACAGGGCAAGAUUUUGAUGAAGUUAGAUGAAUUGGGAUUAAAUAAGAAGAUGAUUUUGAGCACCCUAGAAAAGCCACUAUUCAAUUUGACACUGAAAGUGUUGGAGAAAUCGUUGGAGGAGUUGAAAGAGCGAGAUAAAUUAUUGCAUUUGAAUUCCAAGAGACUAGAGGAUGUUGUAUUAGUACUGGUGCUGGAACUACUUGUGGGUUUACAUUAUGAGUUAAACAAGAAAGGAAUAAAGUCCAAAUUGCCAGAUGCUAAUCAACAGAACGAGCUGAAGGAAUUGGUCAAGGAUAAAAUAGCGAGGUGGUUACAAGAAUCAUCAUCUUCUUCGUCAGAAUCCGAUGGGGAAUCCGACUGA